UUCAGGAGGGAGGUGGGGACUGCAGCUCGGCUGCCAUUGGUGGCCCGCGCAGCUGUUAAAGUCCACGCCGCUCUUUUCGGCCUGCUGUUUUCGGGAGAGAGCGACCAUGGCCGUGCAGGGGGGGAGACUCGUUAGCCGGAAACCCCGCCUGGCCUGGCUCCUGGCGGGGAACAGAUCCAGCCCGGCAGGGAGAGGCAUAUACAGGCAACAGGAGCUGCAAAACUGUUUCUCCUUGCAAUCAAAAAUGCCUCCUUGUGACUUUGUACCUGAACAAUAUGAGUCCUAUCCCUACGAGUACAUGCUGAAGAUCCGCAAGCAGAACCUUUCUCCAUCCCUGUUCACUGCUUACAAGAAACCACUGCUGAUCCAUCAGGGACACAUGCAAUGGCUGUUUGACUAUGAAGGACGUCGGUACCUCGAUUUCUUUGCUGGAAUUGUCACUGUUAGUGUUGGUCACUGCCACCCGAAGGUAACAGCAGCUGCCCAGAAACAGCUUGGACGCUUGUGGCACACAACCAGCUUGUAUGUGCACCCAGCAAUCCAGGAAUAUGCAGAGAAAUUGGCCUUGCUGCUUCCAGAUCCCUUAAAGGUGAUUUUCUUAACCAACAGUGGUUCAGAAGCCAACGACUUGGCAAUGUUAAUGGCAAGGAUUUUUACACGCAACUUUGACAUCAUUUGUUUCAGAGGAGGCUACCACGGAAGCAGUCCUUACACAAUGGGCUUGACAUCUAUUGGAACUUACAAAUAUGGAUUGGCCAAUGGAUUUGGCUGCCAAACGACAAUGUUGCCUGACGUUUUUCGUGGUCCAUGGGGAGGAAGCCAUUGUCGGGAUUCUCCAGUGCAAACAAUUCGAAAAUGCACCUGUUCUCCAGGCUCCUGCCAUGCAAAGGACCAGUACAUUGAGCAGCUCAAAGACACUUUCAGAACUUGUGUUCCAAAAGCCAUAGCUGGAUUUAUUGCUGAGCCAAUUCAGGGUGUCAAUGGAGCUGUUCAGUACCCCAAGGGAUUCCUAAAGGAGGCUUUCCAGCUCGUGCGUGAAAAUGGUGGCGUGUGUAUUGCAGAUGAAAUUCAGACAGGGUUUGGUCGAACAGGCAGCCAUUUCUGGGGAUUUCAAGGACAUGAUGUGGUCCCUGACAUUGUAACUAUGGCGAAAGGAAUUGGCAAUGGCUUUCCAAUGGCGGCCGUUGUCACGACAGCAGAGAUUGCAGAAACGAUGGCUCAAAGCCUGCACUUCAACACAUUUGGAGGAAAUCCUGUGGCUUGUGUAAUUGGAUCUGCAGUCCUGGAUAUGAUAGCAGAAGACGGCUUGCAGAAAAACAGCAAGGAUGUGGGGACUCACCUACUCUUAGAGCUGGCUAAGCUGCGCGAUGAGUUUGAAAUCAUCGGAGAUGUCCGUGGCAAAGGCCUUAUGAUCGGGGUCGAGAUGGUCAAGAAUAAGGAGACUUGUGAGCCGCUUCCCGUCGAAGAGAUGAAGCAGAUCUGGGAAGACUGCAAAGAUAUGGGAGUGUUAAUUGGGAGGGGAGGACUGUUUUUACAGACCUUUCGAAUCAAACCUCCAAUGUGCAUCACUAAGGAAGACGCAGACUUCGCUCUGGGAGUUUUCCAUGCUGCUUUAACAAGGCACGCAGAAAGAACAGCAACUGCAAAAUAGCCUCCCGUUUGCCGCAUUGUGCCGAAGAACAUCCAUCUCCGCAAUUAAAAUGACCCAGCUGGCAGAUUAAAACUGUUUUACAGGUUUUAUUGUAUAUUCCAUUUGCUGCAUCUGAUGCACCAGCUUGUGAACAAAGUUGGCAUCAUCGAUAAUGAGCUUCAGGAGCCAACUUAAGACUCGCUUAUUUCAACAAGCCUUAUGAACCUGCUUUAUAGGUUUAUAACCUUGUCAGGUGACCCAUUUUCAUAUUGCAGUUUUUUUAAUGUAUUCUGCUUGUUUGUUUUUGGUUUUCACUGAGAUUCUGUACGCUGCAUAGCUCUAUUUUUAUAGGUGUUGGUAAUACAGAAAUGAAAUAAUAAAAUCAUCCCCGCUGCCAUUGGAACUGCAGCUACCAGCAUCUGGAGUGUGACAACAGUUGCCAUCCUUUAAACAGAAGGGGGAAUCCAAAUUGGCUAGCACAUGUCCAUAAGGGCCUAAGCGAGGGCCUGAAUCCACUUAAAGAUGCCUUGUGUAUUGAUGCACCCUGGUCAGGAUUGGGCUAAAUGAGUAAGGGAGGCUGGCAGGGGGGGAAUAGACACUUUUACCAUGUAGGACAUGCAUGUUGUUCAUUUAACAAGCGCUAUAAAUAAAACUGCAUUGUAAAGUAAAAUAA